AACUCCAUCAUCUACCCAAUCCUCGCCGCCCGCGACCAUAAAACAAAAAGGCAGCCCCAGCCAUAGAGAGACCGAGAGCUCCCAGAGAACCCGGACUCCGCCAUCUUCACGUUGCAAUCUAUAGCUCCCAGUCUGCGCCCGCACCGACCCAGGCGCACUGGGCGAGCCGCCCCUCCGCCCCGCUCCCCCCGGGCCCGCGGCGCCAGGGGAGCGCUGGGGAGCGCUCGCGGGGACUCGGCAGCCCCUCCGGCCGGCGCCAGCCUGCCAGGUGAACUGGGAAGGAGCCUCUCCUGGUGUCCCCCCAGAGCAUCGGAAGGGUCAGUCUCCGAGAAAAACAAAAACAAAAACAAAAACAGGCAGCCCGCAGAAAACCCAGAAACAACCGAACCGGGGCAGUUUUACAUUGCUUUGGGUUUUUUGAGGGGGCGGGGUGAGGGGGUACGAGACAAGUCCCCAAGUUUUCUUUGCUUUUUUUUUUUCCUUUGCUUUUUCUUCUUUUUUUUUUUUUUUUAUUUGUUUGCAUUUUUUUCCCCUCCUGGUAGAAGUGCACUUUCCACCUACCAGACCCUGAAAGAAAGUGUCAGGAGCCGGUGCAAAACCCAGUUUAAGUUCAAGAAGACAUUUGCAAGUGCAAGAGGCCAAGCAGUUUGAAGAAGUGUAAGAUUUUUUUUUUCCUUCGAAAGAAUAUAUUUUUAAAGAAACCAGCCAGUCCGCGGAAAGCAACAGCAGUUUUUUUUUUUUUUUUUGCCUCUUUUUCUUAUUUUAGAUCGAGAGGUUUUUCUUGCUUUUCUUCCCCUUUUUUUCUUUUUGCAAACAAAACAAAAAACAGCAUAGAAGAAAGAGCAAAAUAAAGAAGAAGAAGAGGAGGAAGAGAGGGCAAGAGAGGAAGGGAAAAAAAACACCAACCCGGGCAGAGGAGGAGGUGCGGCGGCGGCGGCGGCGGCGGCAGCGGCGCGGCGGCAGCGGCGGCGGCUCGGACCCCCUCCCCCGGCUCCCCCCAUCAGUGCAGCUCUCCGGGCGAUGCCAGAAUAGAUGCCGGGGCAAUGUCCCGCCGCAAACAGGGCAACCCGCAGCACUUGUCCCAGAGGGAGCUCAUCACCCCAGAGGCUGACCAUGUGGAGGCCGCCAUCCUUGAAGAAGACGAGGGUCUGGAGAUAGAGGAGCCAAGUGGCCUGGGGCUGAUGGUGGGUGGCCCCGACCCUGACCUGCUCACCUGUGGCCAGUGUCAAAUGAACUUCCCCUUGGGGGACAUCCUGGUUUUUAUAGAGCACAAAAGGAAGCAGUGUGGCGGCAGCUUGGGUGCCUGCUAUGACAAGGCCCUGGACAAGGACAGCCCACCGCCCUCCUCACGCUCCGAGCUCAGGAAAGUGUCCGAGCCGGUGGAGAUCGGGAUCCAAGUCACCCCCGACGAAGAUGACCACCUGCUCUCGCCCACAAAAGGCAUCUGUCCCAAGCAGGAGAACAUUGCAGGUAAAGAUGAGCCUUCCAGCUACAUUUGCACAACAUGCAAGCAGCCCUUCAACAGCGCGUGGUUCCUGCUGCAGCACGCGCAGAACACGCACGGCUUCCGCAUCUACCUGGAGCCUGGGCCGGCCAGCAGCUCGCUCACGCCGCGGCUCACCAUCCCGCCGCCGCUCGGGCCGGAGGCCGUGGCGCAGUCCCCGCUCAUGAAUUUCCUGGGCGACAGCAACCCCUUCAACCUGCUGCGCAUGACGGGCCCUAUCCUGCGGGACCACCCGGGCUUCGGCGAGGGCCGCCUGCCGGGCACGCCGCCUCUCUUCAGCCCCCCGCCGCGCCACCACCUGGACCCGCACCGCCUCAGUGCCGAGGAGAUGGGGCUUGUCGCCCAGCACCCCAGUGCCUUCGACCGAGUCAUGCGCCUGAACCCCAUGGCCAUCGACUCGCCCGCCAUGGACUUCUCGCGGCGGCUCCGCGAGCUGGCGGGCAACAGCUCCACGCCGCCGCCCGUGUCCCCGGGCCGCGGCAACCCUAUGCACCGGCUCCUGAACCCCUUCCAGCCCAGCCCCAAGUCCCCGUUCCUGAGCACGCCGCCGCUGCCGCCCAUGCCCCCUGGCGGCACGCCGCCCCCGCAGCCGCCGGCCAAGAGCAAGUCGUGCGAGUUCUGCGGCAAGACCUUCAAGUUCCAGAGCAAUCUCAUCGUGCACCGGCGCAGUCACACGGGCGAGAAGCCCUACAAGUGCCAGCUGUGCGACCACGCGUGCUCGCAGGCCAGCAAGCUCAAGCGCCACAUGAAGACGCACAUGCACAAGGCCGGCUCCCUGGCCGGCCGCUCCGACGACGGGCUCUCGGCCGCCAGCUCCCCCGAGCCCGGCACCAGCGAGCUGGCGGGCGAGGGCCUCAAGGCGGCCGACGGCGACUUCCGCCACCACGAGAGCGACCCGUCGCUGGGCCACGAGCCGGAGGAGGAGGACGAGGAGGAGGAGGAGGAGGAGGAAGAGCUGCUGCUGGAGAACGAGAGCCGGCCCGAGUCGAGCUUCAGCAUGGACUCGGAGCUGAGCCGCAACCGCGAGAACGGCGGUGGUGGGGUGCCCGGGGUCCCGGGCGCGGGGGGCGGCGCGGCCAAGGCGCUGGCUGACGAGAAGGCGCUGGUGCUGGGCAAGGUCAUGGAGAACGUGGGCCUAGGCGCGCUGCCGCAGUACGGCGAGCUCCUGGCCGACAAGCAGAAGCGCGGCGCCUUCCUGAAGCGUGCGGCGGGCGGCGGGGACGCGGGCGACGACGACGACGCGGGCGGCUGCGGGGACGCGGGCGCGGGCGGCGCGGUCAACGGGCGCGGGGGCGGCUUCGCGCCGGGCACCGAGCCCUUCCCCGGGCUCUUCCCGCGCAAGCCCGCGCCGCUGCCCAGCCCCGGGCUCAACAGCGCCGCCAAGCGCAUCAAGGUGGAGAAGGACCUGGAGCUGCCGCCCGCCGCGCUCAUCCCGUCCGAGAACGUGUACUCGCAGUGGCUGGUGGGCUACGCGGCGUCGCGGCACUUCAUGAAGGACCCCUUCCUGGGCUUCACGGACGCACGACAGUCGCCCUUCGCCACGUCGUCCGAGCACUCGUCCGAGAACGGCAGCCUGCGCUUCUCCACGCCGCCCGGGGACCUGCUGGACGGCGGUCUCUCGGGCCGCAGCGGCACGGCCAGCGGAGGCAGCACCCCGCACCUGGGCGGCCCUGGCCCCGGGCGGCCCAGCUCCAAGGAGGGCCGCCGCAGCGACACGUGCGAGUACUGCGGCAAGGUGUUCAAGAACUGCAGCAACCUGACGGUGCACCGGCGGAGCCACACCGGCGAGCGGCCUUACAAGUGCGAGCUGUGCAACUACGCGUGCGCGCAGAGCAGCAAGCUCACGCGCCACAUGAAGACGCACGGGCAGAUCGGCAAGGAGGUGUACCGCUGCGACAUCUGCCAGAUGCCCUUCAGCGUCUACAGCACCCUGGAGAAACACAUGAAAAAGUGGCACGGCGAGCACUUGCUGACUAACGACGUCAAAAUCGAGCAGGCCGAGAGGAGCUAAGCGCGCGGGCCCCGGCGCCCCGCACCUGUACAGUGGAACUGUUGCCAACCGAGAGAAUGCUGACCUGACUUGCCUCCGUGUCACCGCCACCCCGCACCCCGCGUGUCCCCGGGGCCCAGGGGAGGCGGCACUCCAACCUAACCUGUGUCCGCGAAGUCCUAUGGAAACCCGAGGGUUGAUUAAGGCAGUACAAAUUGUGGAGCCUUUUAACUGUGCAAUAAUUUCUGUAUUUAUUGGGUUUUGUAAUUUUUUUGGCAUGUGCAGGUACUUUUUAUUAUUAUUUUUUCUGUUUGAAUUCCUUUAAGAGAUUUUGUUGGGUAUCCAUCCCUUCUUUAUUUUUUUUUUUAAAACCCAGUAGUAGCCUGAGCAAUGACUCGCAAUGUUAGAGGGGAAGCAUAUCUUUUAAAUUAUAAUUUGGGGGGAGGGGUGGUGCUGCUUUUUUGAAAUUUAAGCUAAGCAUGUGUAAUUUCUUGUGAAGAAGCCAACACUCAAAUGACUUUUAAAGUUGUUUACUUUUUCAUUCCUUCCUCUUUUUUUUUUGUCCUGAAAUAAAAAGUGGCAUGCAGGUUUUUUUUUAUUAUUAUUUUUUUUUUUUUGGUUUUUGUUUUUGGGGUGGGGGGUGUGGAUGUACAGCGGAUAACAAUCUUUAAAGUAGCACUUUGUUUCAGAAUUGGAAUGGAGAUGUAGCACUCAUGUCGUCCCGAGUCAAGCGGCCUUUUCUGUGUUGAUUUCGGCUUUCAUAUUACAUAAGGGAAACCUUGAGUGGUGGUGCUGGGGGAGGCACCCCACAGACUCAGCACCGCCAGAGAUAGGGUUUUGGAGGGCCCCUCUGGGAAAUGGCCCGACAGCAUUCUGAGGUUGUGCAUGACCAGCAGAUACCAUCCUGUUGGUUUGCCCUGGGGUGCCAUGGCUGCUAUUCGCUGUAGAUUAGGCUACAUAAAAUGGGCUGAGGGUACUUUUUUGGGGAGAUGGGGUGACCUGCAGUGACACAGAAAGGAAGAAACUAGCGGUGUUCUUUUAGGCGUUUUCUGGCUCGACGGCUUCUCUCUUUUUUUAAUCACCCCCACCACAUAAAUCUCAAAUCCUAUGUUGCUACAGGGGGUCAUCGAUCAUUUCCCAAGCAGACGAAUGCCCUAAUUAAUUGAAGUUAGUGUUCUCUCGUUUAAUGCACACUGAUGAUAUUGUAGGGAUGGGUGGGGUGGGGAUCUUGCAAAUUUCUAUUCUCUUUUACUGAAAAAGCAGGGGAUGAGUUCCAUCAGAAGCUGCCCAGCGCUACUUCCCAGGUUUUAUUUUUUUCUGUCUCAUUAGGUUGGAAGGUACUAAACAUUGAACUGUUAAGAUUAGACAUUUGAAUUCUGUUGACCCGCACUUUAAAGCUUUUGUUUGCAUUUAAAUUAAAUGGCUUCUAAACAAGAAAUUGCAGCAUAUUCUUCUCUUUGGCCCAGAGGUGGGUUAAACUGUAAGGGACAGCUGAGAUUGAGUGUCAGUGUUGCUAAGCGUGGCAUUCACAAUACUGGCACUAUAAAGAACAAAAUAAAAUAAUAAUUUAUAGGACAGUUUUUCUACUGCCAUUCAAUUUGAUGUGAGUGCCUUGAAAACUGAUCUUCCUAUUUGAGUCUCUUGAGACAAAUGCAAAACUUUUUUUUUUGAAAUGAAAAGACUUUUUAAAAAAGUAAAACAAGAAAAGUACAUUCUUUAGAAACUAACAAAGCCACAUUUACUUUAAGUAAAAAAAAAAAAAAAUUCUGGUUGAAGAUAGAGGAUAUGAAAUGCCAUAAGACCCAAUCAAAUGAAGAAAUAAACCCAGCACAACCUUGGACAUCCAUUAGCUGAAUUAUCCUCAGCCCCUUUUGUUUUUGGGACAACGCUGCUUAGAUAUGGAGUGGAGGUGAUUUACUGCUGAAUUAAAACUCAAGUGACACAAGUUACAAGUUGAUAUCGUUGAAUGAAAAGCAAAACAAAAACAAUUCAGGAACAACGGCUAAUUUUUUCUAAAGUUAAAUUUAGUGCACUCUGUCUUAAAAAUACGUUUACAGUAUUGGGUACAUACAAGGGUAAAAAAAAUUGUGUGUAUGUGUGUUGGAGCGAUCUUUUUUUUUUUCAAAGUUUGCUUAAUAGGUUAUACAAAAAUGCCACAGUGGCCGCGUGUAUAUUGUUUUCUUUUGGUGACGGGGUUUUAGUAUAUAUUAUAUAUAUUAAAAUUUCUUGAUUACUGUAAAAGUGGACCAGUAUUUGUAAUAAUCGAGAAUGCCUGGGCAUUUUACAAAACAAGAAAAAAAAUACCCUUUUCUUUUCCUUGAAAAUGUUGCAGUAAAAUUUAAAUGGUGGGUCUAUAAAUUUGUUCUUGUCACAGUAACUGUAAAGUCGGAGUUUUAGUAAAUUUUUUUCUGCCUUGGGUGUUGAAUUUUUAUUUCAAAAAAAAUGUAUAGAAACUUGUAUUUGGGGAUUCAAAGGGGAUUGCUACACCAUGUAGAAAAAGUAUGUAGAAAAAAAGUGCUUAAUAUUGUUAUUGCUUUGCAGAAAAAAAAAAUCACAUUUCUGACCUGUACUUAUUUUUCUCUUCCCGCCUCCCUCUGGAAUGGAUAUAUUGGUUGGUUCAUAUGAUGUAGGCACUUGCUGUAUUUUUACUGGAGCUCGUAAUUUUUUAACUGUAAGCUUGUCCUUUUAAAGGGAUUUAAUGUACCUUUUUGUUAGUGAAUUUGGAAAUAAAAAGAAAAAAAAAACAAAAACAAACAGGCUGCCAUAAUAUAUUUUUUUAAUUUGGCAGGAUAAAAUAUUGCAAAAAAAAAAAAAACGUUUGUAUGUUAAGUCCUAUUGUACAGGAGAAAAAGGGUUGUUUGACAACCUUUGAGAAAAAGAAACAAAAGGAAGUAGUUAAAUGCUUUGGUUCACAAAUCAUUUAGUUGUAUAUAUUUUUUGUCAGAAUUGGCCUACACAGAGAACCGUUCGUGUUGGGCUUCUCUCUGAACGCCCCGAACCUUGCAUCAAGGCUCCUUGGUGUGGCCACAGCAGACCGGAUGGGAAAUUAUUUGUGUUGAGUGGAAAAAAAUCAGUUUUUGUAAAGAUGUCAGUAACAUUCCACAUCGUCCUCCCUGUCUCUAAGAGGCCAUCAUCUCUAAGAUGUCAGAUGUAGAGGAGAGAGAGUGAGAGAACAUCUCCCUUCUCUACCAUCGCUUUUGUAGCGGUCACCACCACCACCUCUCCCGCCCUCACCAGCAGAAAGCAAUGCAAAUUGAGCUGCUUUAGUCCUUGAGAAAUUGUGAAACAAAUGCAAAUAUCAUAAAAGGAGCUGGUGAUUCAGCUGGGUCCAGGUGAAGUGACCUGCUGUUGAGACCGGUACAAAUUGGAUUUCAGGAAGGAGACUCCAUCACAGCCGGGACCUUUCGUACCAUGGAGAGUGUUGGCCUCUUGUCUUUCUUCCCUGCUUUGCUGCUUUGCUCUCUGAAACCUACAUUCCAUCACUUUCUGAAUGCGAGGGCCUGGGAUGAAUUUGGUGCCUUUCCAUAUCUCAUUCUCUCUCCUUCCCCUGCGUUUCCUCUCCAUCCUUCAUCCUCCAUUGGUCCUUUUUUUUUUUUUUCCAUUUUUUAUUUAAUUUCUUUUCUUUCUUCCUAUCUGUUCCUCCCCUAAUCCUCUUUUUUAUUUUUAUUUUUUUUUGUAAAGCCAAGUAGCUUUAAGAUAAAGUGGUGGUCUUUUGGAUGAGAGAAUAAUGCAUUUUUAAAUAAAAUACCAAUAUCAGGAAGCCAUUUUUUAUUUCAGGAAAUGUAAGAAACCAUUAUUUCAGGUUAUGAAAGUAUAACCAAGCAUCCUUUUGGGCAAUUCCUUACCAAAUGCAGAAGCUUUUCUGUGCGAUGCACUCUUUCCUCCUUGCCACUUACCUUUGCAAAGUUAAAAAAAAAAAAAAGGGGGGAGGGAAUGGGAGAGAAAGCUGAGAUUUCAGUUUCCUACUGCAGUUACCUACCUGCAGAUCCAGGGGCUGCUGUUGCCUUUGGAUGCCCCGUUGAGGUCCUAGAGUGCCUCCAGGGUGGUCCUCCUGUAGUCAUAACAGCUAGCCAGUGCUCACCAGCUUACCAGAUUGCCAGGACUAAGCCAUCCCAAAGCACAAGCAUUGUGUGUCUCUGUGACUGCAGAGAAGAGAGAAUUUUGCUUCUGUUUUGUGUUUAAAAAACCAACACGGAAGCAGAUGAUCCCAAGAGAGAGGCCUCUAGCAUGGGUGACCCAGCCGACCUCAGGCCGGUUUCCGCACUGCCACAACUUUGUUCAAAGUUGCCCCUAAUUGGAACCCGCCACUUGCCAUUAGAGGGUCUUUCAUGGGGAGAGAAGGAGACUGAAUUACUCUAAGCAAAAUGUGAAAAGUAAGGAAAUCAGCCUUUCAUCCCGGUCCUAAGUAACCGUCAGCCGAAGGUCUUGUGGAACGCAGGCAAACCCGUGAUUUUGGUGCUCCUUGUAACUCAGCCCUGCAAAGCAAAGUCCCAUUGAUUUAAGUUGUUUGCAUUUGUACUGGCAAGGCAAAAUAUUUUUAUUACCUUUUCUAUUACUUAUUGUAUGAGCUUUUGUUGUUUACUUGGAGGUUUUGUCUUUUACUACAAGUUUGGAACUAUUUAUUAUUGCUUGGUAUUUGUGCUCUGUUUAAGAAACAGGCACUUUUUUUUAUUAUGGAUAAAAUGUUGAGAUGACAGGAGGUCAUUUCAAUAUGGCUUAGUAAAAUAUUUAUUGUUCCUUUAUUCUCUGUACAAGAUUUUGGGCCUCUUUUUUUCCUUAAUGUCACAAUGUUAAGUUCAGCAUGUGUCUGCCAUUUCAUUUGUACGCUUGUUCAAAACCAAGUUUGUUCUGGUUUCAAGUUAUAAAAAUAAAUUGGACAUUUAACUUGA